AUGGGCCUCGCCGUCGCCGAAGCGCUCGCCCACGCCGGCGGAUGGACGUUACAUCUCCUCGACCUAAACGCCGAACGAGGAACCUCCGCCGCCUCCUCCCUCCCCGACGCGCACUUCCACCAAACAGACGUAAACAGCUACCUCUCCCUCUCCAGCACCUUCGACACCGUCUUCAACUCCGCCUCCCGCAUCGACUUCGUCUUCGCUAACGCGGGGAUCGUCGAGCGCGACAACUUCUACGCCGUGCACGCGCAAUCUCCGCCUCCAGAGCCGAACCAGCUCUCCAUCGACAUCAACCUAAAGGGCGUGGUUAAUACCACCUACCUCGCCCAGCACUACUUCCGCCUCUCGCCGGGCAAAGGAAAGGGCUGCUCGCUGGUCAUGACGGCGAGCUGUGGGGGCCUGUAUCCCAGUCCGUUUUGCCCGAUGUAUACGGCCGCGAAGCACGGGGUCGUGGGUCUGAUGCGGGCGGUGGCGAAGCACUUCUGGCUCGUGGACGGCGUGAGGGUGAAUGCGAUUUGUCCCGGGACGGUGAGGACGAACCUGCUGGAUGAGCGCGGGUGGUCGAGUUUUCCAGCCGAGUUCUUCACGCCACUCGAGAAGGUGGUCCAUGUGGUGGUUAAGCUGGUCGAGGGCGGGGAGUGGCAGGACGCAUAUGAGGUGAAGCUUACAGGAGACCAGUUGUGGGGGAGGGCGGUUGAGGUCAAUGGGAGGAAUCACUAUUUUAGGGAGAUGCCGGAGUAUUGUGAUGGUAACAUGAGGCAGGUUAUGGUGGCUACGGAUGUGGACAGCAUUGGUGGGGUAUUGAGUGGGGCGAAGGAGGUAGAGCAGAACCCGUACCCAGGGAACAAGGAGGGCGUCGCAGGUCUUGUACAGGGUUGA